CUUUGACUUUAGCUCUUUCAUAGAUCACACAUCAUAUAUGACAGUCAUUCAUUUGAGUAAAAAUCUCAGAGCAGGUGAAAACAAGGACGUCUUCAUUAUUCAGGAUUAAAAUGUAUAGACCAGCACGAGUAUCACUGACCUCAAGAUUUCAGAAUCCCUACGUGGUGUUUUUUGCUGUUGUCGCAGGGGUGGUGAUUCUGGCAGUGGUGAUAGCUCUACUGGUCCACUUUUUAGCUUUUGAUAAAAAAUCUUACUUUUACCAUAGCAGCUUUCAAAUCCUAAAUGUUAACUAUAGUGAUCAGUUAAAUUCACCAGCUACACAGGAAUAUAGGACUUUGAGUGGAAGAAUUGAAUCUGUGAUUACUACAACAUUCAAAGAAUCGGAUUUAAGAAACCAGUUCAUCAGAGCUUAUGUUGUCAAACUGAGGCAAAGUGGCAGUGGUGUGAUAGCAGAUAUUGUUAUGAAAUUUAAAUUCUCUAGAAGUAACAAUGGAGCAUCAAUGAAAAGCAGAAUUGAGUCUGUUUUACGUCAAAUGCUGAAUAAGUUUGGAAACUUGGAAAUAGACCUUCCAACUGAGAUAACAACAAUUACUGACCAGGAUGCAGUACAUAUUUUCGCUCAAGAAUGUGGGGCCCGUCCGGGCCUAAUGACAUUGUCUGAAGAGAGAGUCAUCGGAGGCACCAGGGCAGAGGAAGGAGACUGGCCAUGGCAAGUCAGUCUGCGGCUGAAUAACGUUCACCACUGUGGAGGCAUCCUGAUCAGCAAAACGUGGAUCCUGACAGCAGCUCACUGCUUCAGAAGCAACUCCAAUCCUUCCAGAUGGACUGCCACAUUUGGUGUUUCCACAACAUUUCCUAAGGAGACAAAAAGAGUCAAUACUAUUUUGAUCCAUAACAAUUAUAACUCUAUAACUCAUGAAAAUGAUAUCGCACUUGUGAAACUUAGCCAACCUAUCACCUUUAACAAAAAUAUCCAUAUGGUGUGUCUCCCAGAGGCUACCCAGAAUAUUUCACCUGGUUCCACUGCUUAUGUAACAGGAUGGGGAUCACAAAUAAAUGGUGGCAAUACAGUUACAGACCUACAUCAAGGACGGGUCUACAUAAUUAGCAAUAAUGUAUGUAAUGCACCAAUUAGUUAUGAUGGAGCAGUCUUGCCUGGAAUGCUAUGUGCUGGAUUGCCUCAAGGUGGAGUGGAUGCAUGCCGAGGUGAUUCUGGUGGUCCACUAGUACAACAGGACUCCCGGCGGCUCUGGUUCCUUGUGGGGAUAGUAAGCUGGGGGGAUCAGUGUGGUCUGGCAGAUAAACCAGGAGUGUACACUCGAGUGACAGCCUACCGCAACUGGAUAACCCAACAAACCAGGAUCUAGUGCAACAAAUUCGUCCCUGUUGCAAAGUCUGUAUGCAGGUGUGCCCAUCUAAAACUCCGAAACUUUACUUUUCAGUUUCACAAAUACAAUUUAACCUUUCCUUUAUUAUAGAUUUUAUAUUUUCUCAAGAAAACCAUAUGAAUAUUGCAUAGUAGUGCUAUGGCUGCAUGCCAGGGAAAAGAGAGAAACCAGUUACAGAGUUAAGAAUUUUAUUAUGAUUGUGGUAAGCGCUAGUAGUGGGGAAAGCACGUACCCAAGCGGGGAUACAUCUACACAGUCAGAGGCCCCUUUUCUGAGGAAGUCUCACUGAAGCUAGAAGUAGGCAAAGUGUCAAAACAUGCAAAAAAAAGAAGUGGUAGAAUAACAUUCAAGACAGAAGGAGCAACACAAGCCAUGAAAAAUACUAUUUAUUUAAAAUUUCUGCUUACUCAAUAUUUCAUUUAAGUCCUAAAAUUAAAUAUAUGAAGUCAUAGUACAGUCCUACAGCAACCUUAAAUAUCCUGUAAGAACAUGCUUCCAUAGGAGCUAACUAUGAAUGUCAGGCAUUUAAAUAGAAGCUAAAAUAUUCACUCCUCAGCUAAGACCC